UUAAGCUUGAAUGGCUGGAAGAGGCAGCAGUCACUGCAACUCAUCAACACAGAGAUAUUUUAAAGUAUUUCCGAACUGCGGAGAAAAGAAGAUCUAGAACUGACAUAUUGUAUGCUGCUAAAGUAAACGAAGUGUAUCAGAAGGCUCGUAUUAAUUUCGCCAUCGGCACAAAGGAACUAGGUGAGAAAAUAAAACUAUUGGAAAUGAAGAGGAUUGAAUUUUUGAAGUUUCAAACCCUAGAAGAUAGAAUAAAGUUGCUCCUGGCUGAAAUGAAGGAAGAUGCCAAGCAGUUUUAUUGAACUGCAGGAAAAUGAAUUCGAUUCCAAGGG